AUGGUCUCUGCGCCUGGAAAAGUAAUUGUUUAUGGCGAGCAUGCCGUUGUUUACGGCAAGGCCGCAAUCGCAGCUGCGCUUUCCCUCCGGUCGUAUCUGUUGGUAACGCCUCUUCCAAAGACGAGCCGUACUUUGUCCCUCAACUUUUCCGAUAUUAGCUUGAACCAUAGUUGGGAUAUUGAUUCUCUGCCAUGGGCUAUAUUCUCCAAACCUGGAAAGAAGAGAUAUUACUUUGAUACCGUGGAGCGCUUGGACAAGGAGCUGUUGGAAACGGUUAAACCGCUGGUGGCAGCCAUCCCUGGAAAGGUGCAACAAGGGGCGGCCUCUGCUUUCCUCUAUCUCUAUCUCAUGCUCGGAUCUAAGCAUGCUCCUGCUUCAAUCUAUACUCUCAGAUCAGCAAUUCCUAUCGGCGCUGGUUUGGGUAGUAGUGCGAGUAUUUCGGUUUGCCUAAGCACAGCUCUUCAACUGCAGAUGGGAACUCUGGCGACACCAUUUGAGGGAAUGUUGUCGAAUGAGACUCAAUUGCAGCUGAAAAGGAUUAACAAUUGGUCAUUUGUUGGAGAGAUGUGCAUUCAUGGUAAUCCAAGUGGUGUCGACAAUACUGUGGCAACAGGAGGGAGGGCUGUGCUUUUCAAACGAACGGAUUACAGUCUACCCCCCGAGGUCACUCACUUGAGGAACUUUCCCGAGCUCCCUCUACUUUUGGUCGACACAAAACAGCCGAGAAGAACUGCUGAGCAGUUGGCCAACGUUCGCAACAUGCUUAAUGCGCAUCCGGAGAUUACACAAUCAAUGCUGGACACGAUUGACCGUAUUACGGCGGAAGCGCAUGAUGUUAUAUCGGAUCCCGAUUUCACUUCUUUUUCUGGAAGCCCAUCUCUUUCGCGGCUCGGUGAGCUUAUUCGCAUCAAUCACGGCUUGUUGGUCUCGCUCGGUGUCUCUCAUCCAAAGUUGGAGCGGAUUCGGGAGCUGAUUGAUCACACCGGGAUCGGUUGGACAAAGCUUACUGGUGCGGGGGGAGGAGGGUGUUCAAUAACCUUGUUGAAGCCGAAAGUGAAGGCCAACAUCCUGGAGGAGUUGGAUUCUAAGCUCAGAACGGAGGGGUUCGAAAAGUAUCAGACGACUCUUGGAGGGGAUGGCGUUGGCGUCUUAUGGCCAGCCGUUGUUGGCGACGCUGAGACCGAGAUCACCCAGGAAAUGUUUUUGGGAGUCGAAGGUAUGAAAGGAGUUGAAGCGUUGGUAGGGGUGGGCGCCAUCGGCAAAGGGAUCAGGGGAUGGAGGUUCUGGCGGGAGUGGAUUGCCGAGGGCUCGGAUUUCUGCCUGCAUUAAGCACCAAAUAUUGGGUUCGGGGUUUGUAACACGUUUAAUCACUUUUCGCUUCUCGGCUUUUGUUUCUUUGUCUUAUUUUUUCUAUUUUUUUCUAUUUUUUUUUUUGGCUACGCUGCGCUAGCUUUUGACUUUUUAAGCGCAAAAGGAUCCGGGCCUGUAUGGAAUUAGGUAUUU